UUUGAACGGCGUGAAGCGGCAGAACUCCACGAACCACUUGAUGGUGGCAAGUCUUCCGGACUCAGCGAGGAUACUGAACGCCGCGGGUCCACGGAGCCCGGGAAGGCCUCGGACAAUGGCCAGCUCUCGGGUGUCCGCGAGGUUUCAGAAUCUCGCAAGUCGUCUGAACGCGGAGAGCCGCUUGAGCAAAUUUCUGAAUGCCGUGCGGGCUGUGAGGUCACUGAACGCGGCAAGGAAUGCGGCCCGCACGAGCAAAACGGCACGUCUGAGGAGCGCGAGCUCUGCGCACGCGCUGACCCUGAACGCGGUGAGCUCUCUGAACAUCGUAAGGUCGCUGAACGUUUGGACAUUUUGUCGCACGCGCAAUGCCAGCUUCUCGAACGAAGCGAGAUCUCUGUCUGCCGCGACCUUUCUGAGUACUGCGAGAUGGCUGAAAAGCGUUGUCUCUGUGAAGCACGGUGUGGUUCUGAGCAGCGCGGGCUGCUUGUGCAAAGUGAGAUGGCUGAGCGUCUGCUCGACCUGAAGUCUGUGCACCCGGAGUUGCCUGAAAGCCGUGCGGUCUUUGAGCAAAGUGAUCUGGUUGAACACCACGCACUCCCUGAGCACUUUGAUAUCGCUGAACGAAGUGAACUUUCUGGUGAGAGAGGGUUCUGUGAACAAAGCCGACCGUCUGAAUCCUGUGAGGUAGGCAAAGUGGAUCAAAGUGGGUCUUCGGGGCAAAGCGACUCUUCAGAACAAAGUGAGUCUUCAGAACAAAUUGCAUCUUCAGAACAAAGUGAAUCUUCUGAACACAGCGAGUCUUCAGAAAAAAGUGAAUCUUCUGAACACAGCGGGUCUUCAGAACAAAGUGAAUCUUCUGAACACAGCGGGUCUUCAGAACAAAGUGAAUCUUCUGAACACAGCGGGUCUUCAGAACAAAGUGAAUCUUCUGAACACAGCGGGUCUUCAGAACAAAGUGAAUCUUCUGAACACAGCGGGUCUUCAGAACAAAGUGAAUCUUCUGAACACAGUAGGUCUUUUGACCUAAGUGAGUCUUCAGAACACAGCGAACCUUCUGGAAUAAGUGACCAAAUUGAGUCUUUUGAACCAUGUGAGCCCUCUGAAGAAAAUGAGCAUUCUGAGAAAAGGCAGUUUUUUGAACAAAGUGAGUCUUUUGAACACUGUGAGUCCUUUGAAGAAAGUGAAUCAUCUGAACACAGUGAACCCUUUGAGAAAAAUGAACCUUCUGAAAAGUGUGUAUCUUUGGAACAGUGCGAGCCCUCUGAAGAAGCUGAGCUGUCUGAUGGAAGUGAGGACUCUGGACAAAGUGAGGACUCUGAACAGGGUGAGGACUCUGGACAAAGUGAGGACUCUGAACAGGGUGUGGACUCUGAACAGGGUGAGGACUCUGAACAAAAUGACGACUCUAGACAAAGUGAGGACUCUGGACAAAGUGAGGACUCUGGACAAAGUGAGGACUCUGGACAAAGUGAGGACUCUGGACAAAGUGAGGACUCUGAACAGGGUGAGGACUCUGAACAGGGUGUGGAUUCUGGACAAAGUGAGGACUCAGAGCAAACUGUGGACUCUGAACAGGGUGAGGACUCAGAGCAAAGUGAGGACUCAGAGCAAAGUGAGGACUCAGAGCAAAGUGUGGACUCUGAACAGGGUGUGGACUCUGAACAGGGUGAGUAUUCGGAGCAAAGUGAGUACUCUGGACAAAGUGAUCUGACUGAAUAUUGUGAGUCCACUGAUGAUUGUGAGCUCUCUGAACAAAGUGGCACUGAAGAGCACAAGCUUUGUGAACAAAGUGAGGUCACUGAACAUUGUGUAUUAUCUCAAAAAAGUGAUAAGCUGGAAGAGCAUGAAUUGUCUGAACACCACAAGCUGUCUGAGACAUUUAAGGUUUCUGGGAGUGAGCACAGUGCUUGCUGUGACAUUCUUGAAGGAAGCAAGUUCUCUGAACAUUGUCAACCCUCUGAACACUGCCAGCCCUCUGAACACUGUGAGCUGCCUGAACACUGCCAGCCCACUGAACGCUGUGAGCCCCCUGAACACUGCCAGCUGCCUGGACACUGCCAGCCCUCUGAACACUGUGAGCUGCCUGGACACUGCCAGCCCACUGAACACUGCCAGCCCUCUGAACACUGUGAGCUGCCUGGACACUGCCAGCCCUCUGAACGCUGUGAGCACCCUGAACACUGUGAGCUGCCUGGACACUGUGAGCUGCCUGGACACUGCCAACCCACUGAACGCUGUGAGCACCCUGAACACUGUGAGCUGCCUGGACACUGCCAACCCACUGAACACUGCCAGCCCUCUGAACGCUGUGAGCACCCUGAACACUGUGAGCUGCCUGAACACUGCCAGCCCUCUGAACACUGUGAGCUGCCUGGACACUGCCAGCCCUCUGAACACUGCGAGCUGCCUGGACACUGCCAGCCCACUGAACACUGCCAGCCCUCUGAACGCUGUGAGCACCCUGAACACUGUGAGCUGCCUGGACACUGCCAGCCCUCUGAACACUGUGAGCUGCCUGAACACUGCCAGCCCUCUGAACGCUGUGAGCACCCUGAACUCUGUGAGCUGCCUGGACACUGCCAACCCACUGAACGCUGUGAGCACCCUGAACACUGUGAGCUGCCUGGACACUGCCAACCCACUGAACACUGCCAGCCCUCUGAACGCUGUGAGCACCCUGAACACUGUGAGCUGCCUGGACACUGCCAGCCCUCUGAACACUGUGAGCUGCCUGAACACUGCCAGCCCUCUGAACGCUGUGAGCACCCUGAACUCUGUGAGCUGCCUGGACACUGCCAGCCCUCUGAACACUGCGAGCUGCCUGGACACUGCCAGCCCUCUGAACACUGUGAGCUGCCUGAACACUGCCAGCCCUCUGAACACUGUGAGCUGCCUGGACACUGCCAACCCACUGAACACUGUGAGCUGCCUGGACACUGCCAGCCCUCUGAACACUGUGAGCUGCCUGAACACUGCCAGCCCUCUGAACGCUGUGAGCUGCCUGGACACUGCCAGCCCUCUGAACGCUGUGAGCUGCCUGGACACUGCCAGCCCGCUGAACACUGUGAGCUGCCUGAACACUGCCAGCCCUCUGAACACGCAAAAAUAUGUGAGGAGAGUCAAGUUUUUGACUACUGUAAGGUCUCUGAAAGUGUGCUUUCUGAAUCCAGCCUGACCUUGGAACAACAACCACUUUCUGAGCCAGACAAGCCAUCUGACAGCCUCUCCCAGCCCAACAGACUGUCCGAAGAACACGAGCUCCCUGAGCGAAGCAUAGCCUCUGAACACCAACUGCCAUCUGAGCAAGACCGUGUGUCUGAACCCGCGGACUCCUCUGAGGAGAACAGACUGGCCGAGCACCACACAGCCCAGCAGCAAAGCGGGUCCUCUGAAUAUUCCGUGAUUUCGGAGGGCCCUGAUGAGCAGGGCGAGCUCCCCGGAGAGACGGAGCUCCCCGAGCCCCACGGCUCCCCGGCCCGGGGCCGCCCCGAGGACGGGCAGGCUCCGGAGGAAAGCGACCCGUCCGGAUACUUUGUGAUCGCGCAGCUCACGCAGCCCGAGGCGGAGGGCGAGGAGGAGGAGGAGGAGGAGGGCGAGUUCUGCGAGGACUGGGACCUCUGCGAGUGCGAGUUCUGCGUGCCGCCGGACGGGGACGCCCAGGUUCCCGCGAAGCCGCUGCUUCCUCAGAUAAAGUCUAAAGACGCGGGGAAGAUCUGCGUGGUGAUUGAUCUGGAUGAAACACUAGUGCACAGUUCAUUCAAGCCAGUGAACAAUGCCGAUUUUAUCAUUCCAGUGGAAAUUGAUGGAACAGUUCAUCAGGUGUACGUGUUGAAACGACCACACGUGGACGAGUUUCUCAGACGGAUGGGAGAGCUGUUUGAGUGCGUGUUGUUCACUGCAAGCCUAGCCAAGUAUGCUGACCCAGUGUCGGACCUGCUGGACAAGUGGGGAGCGUUCCGGGGCCGCCUCUUCCGCGAGUCCUGCGUCUUUCACCGCGGCAACUACGUCAAGGACCUGAGCCGAUUGGGCAGAGACCUCAACAAGGUCAUCAUCGUGGACAACUCCCCCGCCUCCUACAUAUUCCACCCAGACAAUGCUGUUCCUGUGGCCUCGUGGUUCGAUGACAUGUCCGACACGGAGCUGCUGGAUCUGAUCCCGUUUUUCGAGAGACUGAGCAAGGUGGAGGACGUGUACACAGUUCUGAAGCAACAGAGGACUUCUAGCUAACGUGACGUCACGGGGAGGAGGAGGGCGCUUUCCGCGGGGGCCACGGAGGCUUGGGGGGGGGUGCGUGCCCGAGCCCCGCCCUGCCCCGCCCUGCACCGCCCCGCCCCGCCCCUCAGCAGACGGACUGACCGCUGUCUCCGUCCUCCGCACCUACCCACAAUUCCGUGCGAAGGAAGCGUGGAGCUGGAGCGAGCCCAGAAAGGAGGCUUCGGUCCGGAAGAGCGAGAUCGCCGCGGAGAACCUCUCAUCACAAACAAAAAAAAAAAAAAAAACGUGUAGAAUAAUGUUAACACUUGAAGAUUUGCUAUUCCUUUCUUUCGCUACUGUUUGUUUCCUCUACAAGACGAGUUUGAGGGGGGGCCCCCGGUUUUAAAGGAACUUUGGUGGUCCUCCUAAGAUGGGCGAUGCGGCCCUCCCUCUCUCUCUCAUGUAUAAUCAGUGCUAAGUGUACCGUACGCAUUUCACAGCGGAGGGCUUGCACUUCGGGUUGAACUUCACUCAUUCCCACUUUUCGAUGAGUUGACCUCGAAUGCCCUAGUAAGUCUCCGAAAAAAAAUCUUAAUUGGGCAGCCACGCGGAAGCAGCUUGGAGUAUGCAGAUUCUUUUCUUAACCCAUGUGUUCUGAUUAAAAUAAAAAAAAUAUCACAGUAUUCAGAAUGUUUUAACACAAUAAUCAUCUUUAAUUUACCAUGCAAACACUUCAAAGUAUGGCAAAGCAUCAUAGUAUGCUUUCAAUAUUUGACUUUUUAUUUCUUUUUUUUUUUUAGUGAACCAAGUCUUAAAUGAAACCAGUGUUAUGAGUCAAAGCUUGUCCAUCACCAGUUGUAGCAUGUAAUGUAAAUGCCUACUUUGCUAUUUUUUUUCCCAGCUCCAGAAACUAAAUCGGAGAGAUUCCUGAUCAUGCUCCCUUGUUUGUAAUGUGUUGUCUUCUGACCCGUAGCGUGUGAUUGGGUGUUGUCUGAUAGGCAGUGAAGCAGUGGAGAUCCUCAUAAGAGCUGGAGAUGUGCCUUAAAGCAGAGCUUCCUGGACUACAGGAAAGGACCGGAGACCUUUCCGCCAUUUUCUGCUUGGCCUUCUGUCUUCAGUCCGGCAGACCGGCGUUUCCCAAACUUGGUCCUGGCCCCCUGUGUACGCUGGGUUGCACUCUAACCACAGUUCCCAGAAAUCCCAGCUGCUCAUUUUUCAUUUUUAAUGCCAUGAAGAAUAAAAAUCCCAAAUUCAUAUUGUGCAGAAAUAGCAUAAAAGAGGUACAUUGUUUUUAACUGGUCAAAUUAAAGACUGAAUUGAAUCAAUAGGCUCCUAAGUGGUGAAAGUGUGGACAACUGGUCUCUAAAAAUAACCAUCUGGAUGAUAAUUAAAAAUUAAAAGGCAAUGCAAAUGAUAAUGAGCCAAACCUGCAUUGUGUUAAUAAGUUUAAGGAGAAAAUCAUGAUAGAAACUAAACAUAAUUAUGAAACUAUUGAUUAACCUCAGUCUUUUAUUUGUGACCUCUGUUUAUGGCAUUGUUAUAGCGCAAUAAGCAUAAUACAAACAUAGACAUUUUUUUUUAAAUUCUGCAUGGCAUCGCACAGCUAUUUCUAGCAUAAUGUGGCUCAAAAGAUUAAAUAAUCCCACUGAACAUGAAAAGCACCUAAUUCAGAUAAAUGUACAUAUUGUUAAAAUGAACACAUUGUGGUCAGAGUGAAAGGCACAGAGGGGUCCGGGGCCCAGUUUGGGAGCCAUCGUGGUGUUCAGUCCCUCAGGUGCCAACGUGGAUGUCAAGAAUUUAUUUUUCUGCAAAAGCCAGAGCAAAAACAAGACAGGUCCGUUUGGUUUGUGUUGUUGAUUUGUGCAUGUUUUUAAUGAUUUUUGUUUUUCUAUAGUACGGAUGUUGGUAAAAGCAAACUGUGCCAGCGUUUUAUAUAUAUAUAUGAUAGCUGUCCAUAAAGGCUUAAAGAGCAGUGUAUGCGAAAAUGACAUUUGAUUUUGAUGAGCGUAAAGGUGGCCUCCCUGCACAUUUCUCAGCUCGAAUGAGACGUUUGCUCAGUUUCUUGUUGCGUUGUUUAGUGCUGUAAUGUGUAAAUUGCUUUCUGGUUGAUGUUGGUUGUGUUGGUGGAUGUUGGUUGAUGGUGGUUGUGCUGAUUGUGGUGGUUGAUGUUGGUUGUGUUGGUUGGUGUUGGUGGAUGUUGGUUGAUGGUGGUUGUGCUGAUUGUGAUGGUUGAUGUUGGUUGUGUUGGUUGGUGUUGGUGGAUGUUGGUUGAUGGUGGUUGUGCUGAUUGUGAUGGUUGAUGUUGGUUGUGUUGGUGGAUGUUGGUUGAUGGUGGUUGUGCUGAUUGUGGUGGUUGAUGUUGGUUGUGUUGGUUGGUGUUGGUGGAUGUUGGUUGAUGGUGGUUGUGCUGAUUGUGAUGGUUGAUGUUGGUGGAUGUUGGUUGAUGGUGGUUGUGCUGAUUGUGAUGGUUGAUGUUGGUUGUGUUGGUUGAUGUUGGUGGAUGUUGGUUGAUGGUGGUUGGGAUGGUUGAUGUUGGUUGAUGCUGGUUUUGGUUGUGUUGGUUGUGUGACUGCGGUUAUGAGGCUUCCGUCAGCUUGCCAUUUGCUGCUCUCAGCAGUUUCUCUUGCAGCACAACGUGUGACGAAGGUAAUCCGGUACUGAUCUGGAACAGAAGCCUGCGCUCGACUUGUGCUGAAUCAAAGCUUUUUUAAACUCCAAACUUUGACCUGUCUUGCAGACCAAGCUUCAAAAAAAAAAAAAAAAAAAAAAAAAAACUAGGUUCUGGUUUAUUUGCUUUCUUCCUGAAACUAACAGCUUGGCAUUAUUUGAAAUUAUGUUGCUAGCUCUGCGCAUGAAUUAUGUGAGAAUUACAUGCAAUACUUGUCAUAAAAUGAAAAGGAGCGCCUGACUUUGCAGUACCUUACCAGUUGUUCUCUAGAUUGCAUGAACUGCCAGCUCCUUUUGUUAUGAUACAUAAUAGACUGGGUAAGACACUGAGGGUACUGUUAACCGCUGUAACAUUAGGAGGUAUUCAUUCUGGACCUGCAGUCUGUUUUACCAUUCCUUAAGGACUUGUAAUAUGUUUAGCAUUAUGAACGGCAUCAUUUUCAGGCCAUUUGCUCUUUAAGAACUACUAAAACAUUUCUCAAGGCUCUGGUUUAUUAAUAUAAUUAGCAUUUUGGAGGAACCCCAUGUUUUUUUAAAAAUAAUUAUUUCUAAAACUGUUUUUGUAACUGAGAAAUGGUUAAACAGCAGACCAUUGCCUUGGAUCAGUGGGCUCGCAUUCAGCGACGAAUGCAUUUCUUAAAGGUGAAUUCUCCCCGAUCUCUUUGAAACUGCAUUUUUUAAACGAGCGCAGGAUUGUCGAGGGGAGGUAACGGUGACGUCUCGGAAUGCGCUACGGCAGUGGGAUGGUGUUUGCGCUGGAAACGUCGCGCCAGGGGAAACCCCAGGAGGACGCGGUGGAGACGGACGGUCAGUUUUACGGAACCCCCGCCGCGCUCUCUGCCGGAGGCGCCGGUCUCGGGUACGGCUCGCCCGCGGCGCACGCCGGGCCUUCCACCGCGCGGAGUGCCUCGCGUGCGAGAACAGACGUGCCAGUGUCCCUUAGCCGCAACGCGCAUUCAGUAUCGCCGCACAGCCUCUCUGCGGCUGGGUCACCUGAUGCCCUUCUGUGCAGUUGGGUCACCUGAUGUGCGUCUGUGCGGUUGGGUCACCUGAUGUGUGUUUGGGAUACCUGAUGUGCAUUUGCGUGUGAAAAUUGGGUCACCUGAUGUGUGCUUGGGUUGCCUGAUGUGCGUCUGUUCGUUUGGGUCACCAGAUGUGCAUCUGUGUGUGAAAAUUGGGUCACCUGAUGUGUGUUUGGGUUGCCUGAUGUGCGUCUGUGUGUUUGGGUCACCCGAUGUGUGUCUGUGUGUUUGGGUCAGCAGAUGUGCAGCUGUGUGUUUGGGUCACCUGAUGUGUGUUUGGGUUGCCUGAUGUGGGUCCUUGAGAUUCCUAGGACAUGUACUCCGUCACACUUUAGUGUAUCUAUGUGUCCCCCUGUCUUUUACUGUAUGUCCCACUAUGUUUAAACACAGCCAAACAUGUGCAUACAUGUACACACACACACACGUGUUUGUGUUUGAUAACUGCGCAAUAAUAAAAUGAGCAAAUUGGCAUUAAUAUAUGACAUAAUAUACUUGUAAUCUGGGAACAUGGAGUUUAAAUUAAAACUGUUGUAACCUA